UUCUUACACGGUUACAUUUUCUGUAACAGACUAGCCAACUCGCUCUAUGAUACACAAUUACUUUCCGACAGUUACUCAGAUACUUCCAGAAAUGUACGUUUUUACCUUAAGCUUAUUUGUGAUUUUAGUUAUCCAACAAAUCAGCGGAUUUAAGGAGCCAGAGUGCUCUCGCUACCAUUAUGAAGAACAGAUUCUUGAAAGAGUUGUCCGUAUGGGAAUGGAGUUGGAAUACCAAAAGAAAGAUGUUACAAAUAUCUUAGAAACAGUGGCUGCAAAGUUGAACACUUUCUCAAAUGAACUUCAGGUGCUGAAAAGAGAGAAUAAAGAACUCAAAAGCAAUCUCAAAGACGAAGUUCAAAUAUCGAUUUCGGACUUGGAGAAAGUUAAAGAGAAAACGGUUCUUCCCCUUGUUUUCUUCAAUUCUAAAAAUGUUGCUGACACCUCAAUUAAGACAGGACACACGAUCGUUUUUACUGAGACCCUGGUAAAUGAUGGAAACGGGUACGAUAAUACAACGGGCAUCUUCACAACUCCAGUAGACGGAACGUACCUGGUAUCAUUGCAUAUGUGCGUCAAAAAUAAACAAAACCUUUACUACGGACUUGUAAUUGAUGGCAAGGACACUCUUCGUGGUGAAAUGUAUGAAUAUCGAGCAUACUCUUGCAAUUCCGUGCAACAACUGCUGACCCUCAAAGUUGGGAAAAGAGUUUGGAUUCAGGUUUAUGUCAAAGAUGUAGAUUUGCUUCAGAGUGGCAGUCACUGGAAUAUGUUUUCUGCCUUGCUCCUGAAUAAGGGAUAGCGAAUGGUUUUGUGUAGACAGGUUAAAGUAGUGAUACAAGUGUUUAUAUAAUCAAGUGUUGCUUACCAAUCACUUCUUUCUAUUGAUUUUGAUUACAUAGCCGUGCUUCAUACCACUCAUCGAAAUGCGAUUGAACAUCGAGGAAUUAGACGCAAUUCCAUAGUUGAAGGGCUGUCGGAUAAAUAAGUUUGUCUUAUUUAAAAAGAUGCAAUCACUGUUAACAUUAUGAUAAAAGUUUUACUAUGUUCAGUUUAAACCUUGGUGUGCCUUAAGAGCUUUAUCAACAUAUAUCAAGUGAGAAAGUAUCGACAUUGUCGUCCAGCAACAUUACCGUGUGACAUUAAUCGUCAUGUGACGAAUGUAGUUAACUAAAACCAUAAUUUUUUAUCAGAUAUAUUUCAUUAUUUAUGUAUAUAUAAAGCUCAAUAAUAUAUGUCCGUCAUAAACUCUUUUUAACGAA